AUAGCUGCUCCACUCUCAUCCAAACCUCUUCUUGUAGGCAUCAGGAAGAGACUGAGAAUCCUUCCUCUCUUCUUGCUUCAAUGGCUUUUCUUACCCUCCUCCUCUUCUACUGCUCAUCUCUAUUACAUGUAACAGUGGAAGCAAAGGCCUACCAAAACAUAACGCUAGGCUCUUCUUUAUCUUCUCUUAACAACACGGCGGCCUGGAUCUCCCCCUCUGGUGAGUUCUCCUUUGGCUUCUCAAGGGUUGGUGACAAUCUCUACGUCGGUGUUCGUUAUGAAAAGAUCCCCGAAAAGACUCUAGUUUGGACAGCAAACCGAGACAAACCAGCCCCACCCGGUUCCACUGUGGUGCUAAACAACAAUGGAGUGCUCGUCAUAAAUGACGCAAAAGGCGUAUUAUUUUCCACCAUUGGAGCAAGUUCAGAUGGCAGCGUUAUCACCUCUGCCGCCAUGUUGGAUACAGGCAACCUGGUUCUUCAGAGCUCACUUGAAUCUGCAUUAAUCAAGUGGCAAAGCUUCGACUUUCCCACCGAUACCAUCCUCCCCACUCAGACACUUGUUGCCAACAAAAGUCUCUAUGCUCGAUUCCUGCCAAACAAUCUCUCUACUGGCCGGUUCUAUGUCGCAAUGCAAGAUGAUGGUAACUUUGUCGGCUACAAUGAAUUGUCGGAGCCAAGUUAUGCUUCACAGACGUAUGGACCAAAGGGGAAGUUGGUGUUCGAUGCGACUGGAAAAAUCUCCGUCUACCAGUGGGAAAAGAACAAUAUUGUUAACUUAAGUACUCCUGUGGACCGGAUUCCCUCGCCAAGCGAGGAUUUCUACUUUCGAGCAACUAUAGAUUACGAUGGGAUUUUCAAACUCUAUAGUUACUCCAAGAGAAGAAACGAUUCCACGUCGAACUCCUGGAACAUCGUUUGGAGAAUGCAACAAUCCCCCUGCAACAUCAAAGGCAUCUGUGGGACGAAUGGGUACUGUACUAAGACUACAUCUGACAGUCUCUUCGACUGCCAAUGUCCAGAGCGUUUCUCUUAUGUAGAUCCAGUGAACAAAUUUUUCGGUUGCAAAUUGGAUUUCCCAUUGCCAGAUUGCAGGAGGUACAGAGCAGAGAACUAUGUCCUGCGAACAAUUGAUAAUACCAAUUGGAGGGGUGGAGAUUACGAGCAGCUAAAUGUUGAUGAUGAGAGCAAAUGCAAGCAAUCAUGCCUAGCUGAUUGUUUAUGCCUUGUGGCUAUCUAUGGGAACAAAAAAUGCUACAAGAAGCAGAUGCCUUUACGCGAUAGCGAGCCGCGAGUGGAUGACAUGAAGGCUUUCGUUAAGGUGCCAAGUAACAACGGCUCCCUUCUUCCGUACCUGCCUAACACCACACCCAAUGAUAUGGGCAAGCGGUCGGGAUUUGAAAGGGUUGGUGGAGUAGUGCUUUUCGGAAUCUCGGUAAGUCUCUUCCCCCUUGUCAUGAUUGAAACUAUUAUUCUAAUAUGGCUCAAGCUUUGGAGUCCAAAGAGACAAGAAAAGCCAGCAGGUUUUGUGGUGGCUGAGAUGCAGGUCACAAGAUUCAGUUACAAAGAACUCGAGAAGGCCACCGAGGCUUUCAAGGAGAAAUUGGGCAGUGGUUCUUUUGGGGCUGUUUAUAGAGGGAUGUUGGUUUCUGCAUUCAGACAAAAGCCCAUUGCUGUGAAGCAAUUAGACAUGUUGGUGGAAGAUGGUGACAAGGCAUUUGAAACAGAAGUGACAGUAAUUGGGAGAACACAUCAUAAAAACCUUGUGCAACUGCUUGGGUUCUGUGAUGAGGGUUCUCACAGAUUAUUAGUGUAUGAAUACAUGGAACAAGGAUCUCUGUCAAGCUUUCUCUUUGGAAGCAUUAGGCCAGAAUGGAACUUGAGAAUCCAAAUUGCAGUUGGUAUAGCUAGAGGGCUCAUGUACCUCCAUGAAGAAUGUAGCACUCAAAUCAUACAUUGUGAUAUUAAGCCUGGAAACGUACUUCUUCAUGGUAAUCUCAUUCCCAAAAUAUCUGAUUUUGGAUUGGCCAAGCUUCUCAAACAUGAUCAAACAAGGACCAACACAGACAUAAGGGGCACAAAAGGUUAUAUAGCCCCUGAAUGGUUUAGGAAGAUGGCAAUCACAGUGAAAGUUGAUGUUUAUAGCUAUGGAGUGAUGUUGUUGGAGAUCAUAUGUUGCAGGAAAAAUGUGGAACUCAAUAUGAAGGAGGAACCAUCGGCAAUACUGGUUGAUUGGGCCUAUAAUUGCUUCAUUGAAGAACAAUUGGAGAUGUUGGUCGAGCACGAUGAAGAUGCCAAGAAUGACAUGAAGAAGGUGAGAAAGAUGGUCAUGGUAGCAUUGUGGUGCAUUCAAGAAGACCCAUCGCUUAGGCCCACAAUGAAGAAGGUCACACAAAUGCUGGAAGGUGCAGUUGACGUUGCUAUCCCGCCCAACCCUUCUUCGUUCAUAAGCUCAAUGGGAUGAGACAGGGCCCAAUGCUUCUGUGAAAUGCUCAAUUUGGAAGAAGCUGUUUAUUUUUUGCUUUAGUUUAGGUUACAUCACGUGUGCAAAAUGCCAAGUUUGUUGGCUAUAUAUCAAUAGUGGUAUUCUUUGAGAUGGAAAAAUAUUAUGUAGAAUAUAACUGAGUCAUGGAUCUUACCACGACGUAGUUCUAUGCCAGAACUUCUACAUAAUUAUGAGUUGAAGUGUUCUAUGCUUAUAUCUUAUGGUCCAACAGCUUGCCUUCUUCAUGUUUAAAACGUGGUGAUCAUUGUGAGGCCGCGCCGAUCACUGACUUGAAUACUGGUCGGCCCUUCACAUGCCAC